AUGCGCGAUGUGAUGUCAUCGACGACGGGAGUCGGAGCAGCAGCGGUGUUUGCGUCUGGGCUGCUCAUUGUAAUCAGAUUGGCAGUAAUUUGUUUUUUGCCCCGGCUUGCGGAGUGAUGUUCCAGGCGAUCUUCGGUCGCAGAAGCAGCGAAGUGACUCAGCAAUCGCCUUUACUGCUCCAGCGGCAGCGACAAAUCGACUCAAUCCGCUCCUGCUGUCCCAACAUCGUCGAAGUCCAACCGGACAAAGAGUAUCGGAUCCCGUUCGUCGCCGAUGGGAAUUCUUUCGGCUUGGAAAUACACCUCCCAAGUGCAUUCCCGCACGAAUGCCCUGUUCUGAGGGUGUCGCCGCCGGCAACGCAUCCCAUGUUAGAUGAGAGCUACAAUGUCACUGGAGUACCGGCCCUCACCGUGUUCUCCAUGCACGUGGACCUGGGCAGGAUAAUUCAAGGGAUCAUCAUGGAAUUCCAGAACCACCCACCGAGGCUGACAGCACCACUCAGGGCAGCCGCAACCUUCUCGCCUUCGCCGGCUGUCCGCGGCGUGUACGGUGGGAUGAAGCAUCCGACAGCCAGUCCGCCUGCCGGCAGUCCCUUCAAAACUAGCCAUGCAGCGUCUCAGUUCUCGCAGCUCGACGGCCUCACAGUGUUGCAGCUGGAAGAACUACUCCGGGACGAAAGCAAGCUCUCCGAGUUUGUGGAGCGCCUGCCGGAGGUCGUCAGGUCGGAGGAGAUCAAGCAGCAGAUGGUGUUGCAGAACGAAGACCUCGCACGAAGAAGUCUGGAACUCAAACCCAUCAUGGAAGAGCGGAAGAACUCCUUGUUGCAAAAGGUGGACAAAGUGAACACCCUGAAGGCGGAAUUCGAGGCCGGCAGCGAGGUUUUCGAGGUGCACCAGAGGGCAUUCCACACGUCGACGCUACAGGACAACCUCAGGGUCGGCGCGCAGGCGGCGGAAGAAGAGUCGGAGACGGUGGCGCAGCAAUUUCUCGACGGCAAACUCAGCACAGAUGCAUUCCUCUCUCAGUUCAUGCCAAAAAGAAUGCUGAGUCACACGAGGAGGGCAAAAGAAGAGAAGCUUCACUACCAGCUGCAGGAACUUCACAGGACUGGAUUCUGAAGAAGUCGCAAAGACCGGUCGCUGCCACGAAGGUGACCGUGGUCCGCGUCGGAUACCGGCGGUCCGAAAGAAAACAUGAAAAACUCGGUGGUGCUUCUGGGAACCAGGGAAGACUGGAACCCCCUUUUGCCCGCGCUUGCUCGACUGUACAUAUACUUAGCCGCCGACUACAGGCUGACGCGACUUUGCCGGCCGCUACUCUCAAGUGGCCUUUUUGUAAGACGGUAACCAACUGCUACUGUAAAUAUCUAGCCAAACGAAUGUUUGUAUUUAUAAAAAAAAAAGGAAGGGAGGGGGGAGGAGUCGGAAAGAAGAAACAAGAAAAAAACAGUUGUUUGUGAAUUUUUCUUUUUGUACGGUAAUAAACGUUAACUCGGCGUACUGCA